UCUACACUCCCCAAAUCAACCCUCUCCACUUCUUAUCCCUGUUUGUCAUCUUCUACACUCUCUCUCUCUCUCUCUCUCUCUCUCUCUCUAUUUAUAUAUAGUCUAAGUCCAGACAGACAAAAUCAUAAUUCACCAGCCAAGAAACUAACAAAGAUGGAAAUCUUGUCGCAGAUGUGGUCAGUUCUUGGCCUUCUCACUGUUCUCCAAAACAUCUUACCUACACAGCUUCUAUCCCUUCUUCACUCCAUUUAUGAAUCCUUUCAAGACCUCAUUUCUCCUUACUCAUACUUCGAUAUACCAGAAUUUAAUGGCUACUGCGGUGUUGAUAUCAAUGACCUCUACCGCCACGUCAAUCUAUAUCUCAACUCUGUCAGCUCUUCCACCUCCGCUGCCGCCUGCCGCCGUCUUACACUUUCCCGCUCCAAGUCCUCUAACUGCAUUUCCUUCACUGUAGCUCCUAAUCAAACCGUUCAUGACACCUUCAGUGGACACUCUCUUUACUGGACUCACCAUGUUGAAACUGUUCAAGAUUCUUUGGAAGAGAAACGUAGUUUCACUCUCAAGUUACCUAAGCGUCAUCGCUGCAACCUCUUAGGACCCUAUCUACAGCACGUGACAUCACGUGCCGAGGAGUUCGAGCGGGUAUCAAGGGAAAGGAGGCUCUUUACUAACAAUGGCAAUGCAUCGCACGAGUCGGGAUGGGUCUCGGUCCCGUUCCGGCAUCCGUCCACUUUCGAAACACUAGCGUUGGAGCCGCAGUUGAAGAAGCAGAUUAUGGGGGACUUGAAAGCAUUUUCUAAUGGUAAAGCGUUCUACCAUAGAGUUGGACGUGCAUGGAAGCGGGGUUACUUGCUUCACGGUCCACCAGGCUCCGGCAAGUCAAGUCUAAUCGCUGCAAUGGCUAACUAUUUGUGCUAUGAUGUUUAUGAUCUUGAGCUCACCAAAGUCACAGACAACUCUGAGCUCAGAGCCUUGUUAAUACAAACCACCAACAGGUCUAUUAUUGUGAUCGAAGACAUAGAUUGUUCAGUCGAUCUAACUACUGAUAGAAUGGUAAAAACUAGUAGAAAGAGAUCCAACCUAUCAUCCUGUAAGGAUUCAAGCAAUGAAGAGGAAAGCGGCCGGGUCACCUUAUCAGGGCUACUGAACUUCACUGACGGAUUAUGGUCAUGUUGUGGUGAAGAGAAGAUCAUAGUUUUCACUACUAAUCAUAGAGACAAUGUGGACCCGGCGCUGGUUAGAUGCGGGCGAAUGGACGUGCAUGUCAGCUUAGGCACUUGUGGGAUGCAUGCCUUCAAGGCUUUGGCGAUGAACUACCUGGGGAUAGACUCCCACUCUCUAUUUGAUGUGGCAGAGAGCUGUAUAAGGUCCGGAGGUGCCCUCACGCCGGCACAGAUAGGGGAGAUACUAUUGAGGAACAGAGGGAAUACUGAUGUAGCACUGAAGGAGGUGGUGAGUGCUAUGCAGGCAAGAAUUUUAAGCAGUAGUGGGACUCAUAAGGAACAUCUGACGGAUUACGAAGAUACAGCCACAAGGUCUCCACAGAGCGUAUUGACAGUGGGGUCACCGGAGAAUUGGGAUUCGUCUCCGGGGAGAAUUGGCGGGAAGAAGAGAAAGGAGGGCGGUAAUAACUGCGACAAGAAGGCAAAGUUUCUUGUUAGACUUAGAUCUUUGACCAAGUCUGACUCUGGUAGACGGGGCGUGUGAAGACAUUUUCGCUUUAACUUUUCCUUUUUUCUUUUUCGAAGUUUUGCUUUUUUCUUUUGUUUUUCUUUUUCUUUUAAUGAAAUGUUGGUCACUCUCACUCAAUGGACACUAACAAGGAAUUCUUCUUUAUUUUUAGCUGGUUUCUUUUUAAUGUAAAUUUUCGGUGUAUGAUGUAAUUUUGCCAACUAAUAAAAAAUUUAUUUUUCAUUAUUGGCAA